GAAUGAUCCAUACUAGCUUUAGUCUUUGUAGGUGCUGUAUCUUAGGCAACUGGACUUGUUUCAGUUACUUCGAGACGUUAGUUUGCCUCCGUGUUCGUUUUGUUGUCAUGCUGACCGGAAGUGGAAUCGCUGUGUGUGUGGACAUGUUUGUACACGUUCAAUAAAAGUUGUAUCAGCGUUGUUUAGCGCUGCCGAGAUAACUGCUGCAACCAGGAGCACACCAGGAAUACAACAGGACGGUGUAGCUAAAGAGAUCAUCCAUUGGCUAGUCAGGCUAACGCUAGCCGCAUGGAGUUGCCUAGUAAUAUCUACCGUUAUUAAUGCUAGCUAACGAUCUGUGUUCUGGAGGCCGGUCAGACGUUUGUGAAACAGGACGAUAGCAUUACAGCCUAAAUAGCCAUUUUUCUGUGUUAACGUAGAGCAGUCGUGCUGUCAGACCCUGUGUUAGGAAUGGAUGCCACUCAAAUGAUCAGUGACUCCUUCCUGGAGUCAGAUGAGGAAGAAAAUGAAGAGGAGGAUGGAAACAAGAGGGGGCAGCCGUUGGCUAAACUGUGCAUCUUAAAGAAUGAACACAUCCCUGAAACAGAGUUGCCCCUCUUUUUGGGAGAAAAUGUCUUGGGCCGUGACCAGAACACCUGCACCCUGCCCUUGCUGGCACCCUCAGUAUCCAAACAGCACGCAACAAUUUGCAUCUCUGUCCAUGGGAAAAGAGGUUGCCACAGUAAAGAAGACACAGAGGCUUUAGUAUGGGACCUAGGGAGCAUGAACGGUACCCGCAAGGGCCGCUUAAAGCUCACUCCAAAUGUACGAUAUGCCCUUAGUGAGUGUGACAGUUUGGUGGUGGCAGACAUCCCAUGUCAGUAUGUCCGCUGUGCUGCAGACACAGCCUCUUCUCAAGGAGACUUCAGGACUCCUCUGAGCAAAAAAUCAGGGGUGAAGGCCAGGUUGUCAGAUGCCUCAGGAGAAAAAGAAGUUGACACAAGCACUGGCAGCAAGAAAUGUGUCAAUGGAGGCACAGAGGCAAGUGUGUCUUUACCAGAUUGGGAGGGCACAAGGGAGACUCCUGUCAGAACCAGUUGCCUGUCCUUUGAGAAAACUCCAACUCAGCCACAGGGGACCCUGGUCCCAGAAUCUGACUCAGACUCAGAGGGAGAAAGGGGGGGAGGAGCAGAUAGGAGGCGCAAGGCUCAAGUGUCUGAUUCUGACUCCUAUAAAUCCAGUCCCACAUGUUCAACAUUCUUGAGUCCCACAAACAAAAUCGUCCCUGAAAGCGAGGACGAAAGUCCCAUCACACCUUCCGUCUCCACUAAAAAUAAGCCUCACAGACAUGUCAGCUUCAGCACAGAGGAGACAGAAGUAGAUGUGGGGCGACAGCAGCUGAGGGAAAAAAAGGCACUUGCAAUCGUGGACAGUAGUGAAGAGGAGGAGAGAGAGGAGGAAGAAAGAGCAGCACUGGGAGGGAGAAAGUCUGAGGAAAGUGAACAGUGUCUGUCAGUGAAACAGGAAAACAAUGUCAGUCUUACAGGAGAAGAUAAAUUGGCUGUAUCUGCACCUGCAGUCUCCACAGAUGCAAUCCCUGCAUUUAACAUGGACAGUGACACUGAUGUGGAGGGAGAGGAGGAAGAGGUGGCACCUGCUGAUCCGGUGACCCUGUCAACAAACCAAAACACUGACCAGCCACCGAACACAGCCCAGUUUCACAUGGACAGUGAUACAGAUGUGGAUGAGGAUGAUGAUGCAUUGGACAAAAAUAUCAAAUCUGUGCCUUCCUCUGCUGACAGCACAGAACCUCCUCAUGUUAUAACAGUUAAUCAGCCAGAGGCCAUCACCAUGGACAGUGACACUGAUGUGGAUGAUGAUGAUGAUGAUGAUGAUGCUGCUGCUGCUGUGUCAGACGCUGCUUCAAAAGCAAAAUCUCUGUCGGUACAGAACACACCCACAGCUGACUCCGCCACUUCAGCACAACCGGAAGACUUCCACUUAGAGAGUGACACAGAUGUUGAUGAGGAAGAAGAAAAGGAAUGUGGAACAAUUAAUACAAUCUCUAAAAUAGAUGAAAGUCCCACUGGAUUAGAUGGCAAGCCAAUCUGGACUGAAACUGCCGCCGCCGCCGCCGCUGCCGCUGCCGCUCCUAAUAGCCUGCAUCUAGACAGUGACACAGAUGAUGAGGCUACUCCUGCCCCUGUCAUCAGCGAACCCUCUGUGGUGUGUGCUGUCACAGAAUCACGCAUCACUGCAGACGCAGGAGCCAAUUUGGAUAUUCUGUCUGACAGUGACACAGAUGUGGAAGACGAGGCUCCUCUGGUUAUACCUUUUGCUAUCUCAACCUUGACAUUCGCUCCCGGUACCACGUCAGAAGCUCUUCAGUCAGACUCCGAUGCAGACACAGAUGUGGGUGACUCCAGCGUGCCCCCUGCUGGGAACGGGGUCAACCCAGCUGACCUUUGUGUGGACAAUGUCACAGAUGUGGAAGAUGAGGAGGACGAUCUUGGAGGCGCUGGUGAAGGACAGAUUCCUAAUCUGCGCAGAGAAAACACACCUAGGUUGAUGGCUCCACCUCUGCAGAACUGUUCUACUCCUGUACAACUGACAGGUCCAGAAGGAGGAGUGGAGGAUAUGGACACUCAGGCAUUCCUGAGUCCCUCUUCAGCUCCAUUUAGAUGUGCUGCUCUAAUACCGAAGGCACUGUCUUCUUGCUCAGAAAGCCAGGAGGAUGAGGAUUUUGUGGUGGCUGAGACUCAGUCCUUCAUUCUCCAGACCAGAGACUGUCAGGGCAACCCUCCAGGGGACCACACCAUGGAACCCACCCAAGCGUUUGGCCUCGAGUCUUCUGGUGAUGAAAAAGUCGAACAGCCGAGCAGAGGAGGGUCCUUCCAGCUGGGAUUGUCUGACAGCAGCCACCUGCAGGAUCGGGCCCAAGCCCUGGCCGUGGAAAGCACCCAAGCCUUUGUCUCUGUGGAAGGGGGUGUGAAUCUGGAAGAAACUCAAGCAUAUGCAGCUAUUUCAAAUUCAGACAGAACCUCCUCAGAGAGUGAUUCUAAUCUGGAGGCUACGCAGGCUUACGGAGAGGAGGAGGAAGCUGCCAAAUGUUCAGUAAUGGCUGAAAAGAAAGGCCAGGUCGAUUUGGCCCUAGAAGCAACGCAGGCAUACGUGUCAGAGCCCUACAGUGAUUCAGAGGAUGAAACAGACGAAGAUAAGACAAAAGACACUGAUACUGCUGAGACUCAGCCUUUAGACUUUCCCACCACGUCUACUCUUGCCAUGGCUGAAACCCAACCCAUGUCUGCCUUUGAGGAAGCAAGGAGUUUAGAGGAGGAAAAUCCCGCUUCAUCUGUGCAACAAGUCAAGCAGAAUGAAGAGGGAGAGGGACAUGGGGAGGCAGCUCAACCUCAAGAGAGGAACCUCAGUGAAGCUCUAUCUGCAGCUGCAACUCAGCCCAUGUGUGCAAGUGACGACAAGGAAAGUGACGAUGAGGACUCGAUUCCAGGUCCACGGAAACGAAAAUUAAAACCACUUGAGAUUAAAGAUGAGCAGACACAGUCCCUCACUAGUUCUGAAACCCAGCCCAUGCACAUCAGUGUCGCUGAAACUCAGCCCAUGGCUACAAGUGGUAAUGAGGAAAGUGAUGAAGAGGACUCAAUUCCAGGUCCACGAAAAAGAAAAGCAAAGCAACUGCAUCUUGAAGAAGAGGAGACUCAAACGUUGACAAACUCUGAGCCAUCUGCUGUUGAAACUCUGCCAUUGGAUACAGGAAAAGUUACAGAAAGUGAUGACGAGGACUCAGUUCCAGUGCCUCGUCAAAGAAAAGCCAAGGCACUGAAACUUGAAGAAGAGCAGACGCAGCCCCUCACUUUUUCUGAAGUCUCUGCUGUUGAAACUCAGCCAAUGGUCACAGGUGAAGAUGAGGAAAGUGAUGAUGAGGAUUCAGUUCCAGGUCUGCGAAAAAGAAGAGCAAAGCCGCUGCAAAUCCAAGACGAGGAGACACAACCACUCACAAAUUCUGAGGCCUCCACUGUUGAUACUCAGCCCUUAGAGACGAAAACUGUCCCACAGCCUCGGAGAGGAAAGAGGGGACAAUCUGAAGCUGGAGACAGUGGCGUCACAGUGAGAGGUAGAACAGGGACAAGGUCAGGAUUAAGAGAAGAGGAGGAGCAAGCAGAGUGUUCUGAACCUCCCAGGAGACAGAUGAGCAGGAAGAAUAAAGCUUUACCAGCUACCAGAGGAAGGAGAGGAAAACAGAUGCCUGAUGAAGAUGAGAGUGAGGAAGGGGAGAAGGUAGAGCGGGCUAAGCGAGCUAGAGGGAAAAAAUCCACAAAGCAACAGGAAGCUGAGGAAGCAGAGGAAACAGAAAAAGAGACAAGAGAGAGGAAAAGAAAGGAACAAGAAGAAAAGGAAAGAGCAAACGAAGAACAAUUGAAGAGGGAAAGAAAGGAGAAAGAAGAAAAGGAAAGGACUGAGCGUGAAAUUGAACAAGAAAAGGAAAGGAUGCAAAAAGAAGAGCAUUUAGAGAGGGAAAGAAAAGAGAAGGAAGAAAAGGAGAGAUUAGAGCGUGAAAAGGCAGAAAAAGAAGAGAGGGACAGAUUGGAGAGGGAAGAGAAAGCGAGAAUAGUGAAGGAAAGACAGGAACAAGAAGAAAAGGAAAGAGCUGAAAGGAUGCAAAAAGAAGAACAAUUGGAGAGGAAAAGGAAGGAGGAAAAGGAGAGAUUAGAGCGUGAAAAGGCAGAAAAAGAAGAGAGGGAGAGAUUGGAGAGGGAAGAGAAAGUGAGAAUAGAAAAAGAAUUAGAAGAAAAAGAGAGACUGGAGACAGCGAAGAAGGAACAAGAAGAGAGACUUGAGAGGGAGACAAAGAAACAAGACCAUCAAGCAAGACUGGAGAGUGAGGCGAAGGAAAGGGACGAAAGAGAGACAUUGGAGGGAGAAAAAGAAGAAAAAGAGGCCAAAGAAAAACAAGCAGAGCAACAAGAAAGUGUCAAAACGCCUGCAAGAGGUCGAAGAGCACCCAGAAGAACAACCGCUGCCCGGAGUACAUUGGAGCCAGAGCAAGAUUCAACCAUAUCAACCAAUGAUGACGUCCCAGCAAGGAGAACCAGAUCUCGCUCCAACUCCUCCAACUCUGUCAGCUCGGAGAGGUCUGCUUCGAGUGUCAACACCCAGGGGAGCAGGGGGAGAGGCAGAGGGCGAGGCCGAGGAGCGAAGAGGACCAGUGAGCCACCAAGAGCGGCCGUCGCCAGAGGCAGCAACAGGAGGAGGACGGUGGCUGCAGAGGCAACAGAGCAGGACAGUAAUAACACUUCCCCUCAGGGAGCCCUCUCAAGGUCCAACUCCAACUCCAGCUGCAGCCUGAGCUCUCAGAGCAACGCAAGAGGAGGCAGGCAACGAGGCAGAGGGAGGAAAACGGAGGAAGCCUUCAUCCCUCUUAUCAGUAGUCAGAAUUCAACUACCAAAUCUACACCCAGAGGCAGGAAGAGCAGGAAAGUGGAGGAGUCCUCUGAUACGGUUCCCCAGGAAGAUUAUGAGGAGAACGUAGACUCUCAACAGGCAACUACCACAAGGGGGCGUCGGCGAGCCAAUGCAAAGGGCUCUGAACCUCCAGCUGCAGAUGAGAAACCCUCUUCAAAUCAGGAGGAAGGACUUGCCGAUGAACAAUCACCUCCACCUAAAAAGAAUGUCAGGGGCCAAAAAGCAGUAAAGAGUGAGUGUGUGGAGGCAUCAGUGGCUCCUGCAGUCAGUGAUGGAGUCGAGGAUAAAGAGCAAAGGAAAGGAAGAAAAAGACAGUUGGAGACAGACACUGAGGAGAACUCUAACGGUGGCACCCAAAGCCCUCAAAGAAAAGAGAAAGCCCAACCAUCAGAAGCAAAAACAAAAGAUGAGACAAAGAAAAGAGGUAGAGCUUCCAGCGCUCAAGCAAAGAAGAAUGCAAAAGAUCCUCCCACUGAUCUGGAGAUGGAAGAGGCGAGUGAGAAAAUGGAGGGGGAGAUGGUUGAGAGGAGAGGCAGAGGUCGUCCAUCAGCAAUCCAGAAGAAAAAGACAGAGGAGCAGGAAGAAAGUGGAACAUCUGUUGACCGGGAUGCACGUGUGGAGGCAUCAGAGCCCCAGACUCCAACCAGGUGUGUAUCCCGGAAGCGACAGGCUCCUGCGGACUCCUCGCCUCUGGCAAAGACCCCCCGUUCCUCCUGCGUUUCCCCGGCAGCUGGUGUCCGAGCACGAGCGGCCGGCCAGGCCUACAAGGUGCUGUUCACAGGUGUGGUGGAUGAAGCAGGGGAGAGAGUGUUGGCUCGUUUAGGAGGCAGCAUGGCAAAAGGUGUGGCAGACAUGAACGUUCUGGUGACUGAUAAGGUGCGCAGGACUGUCAAGUUCCUGUGUGCGGUCGCUAAAGGAGUCCCCAUUGUUACCACACACUGGCUGGAAAAGAGUGGGAAGGCUGGGAGCUUCCUGUCUCCUAAUGCGUUCACUGUGAAGGAUCCGGAGCAGGAGAAGAAGUUCAAUUUCUGCUUACAGGACUCUCUGAGGAAUGCCAGCAGUCAGCCUCUCUUACAGGGAUACGAGAUCCACGUUACAAAGUCAGUGAAGCCGGAGCCAGUUCAAAUGAAGGACAUAAUCUCCUGCAGUGGAGCCACUUUUCUUCCCAAGAUGCCCUCUUCUCAAAAGCCUCAGACUGUAGUGAUUUCCUGCGAGGAGGACUGGCCACUGUGUGGCCCGGCUCUUUCUGCCUCUCUCCCAGUCGUCACUGCUGAGUUCAUUCUCACAGGCAUCCUGCAGCAGAUAGUCGACUUGCACAUCCACUCGCUCUCUGCACCUACGAGCAAUCUACAAUCUGCAGGAGGCAGAGGAAGAGGCAGGAAGAAGUCUUAGUACCAGGGUUCACUGGGAAAACCCACACUCGUAGAAUCCCUUUCAAAUCAGAGACCGGUGGAAACACUUGUGAGUCAGCUAUUCGUCUGUAUGAAAGACUUGAAGAAUGUUUCCGCUGUGUGCAGCAGAAGUUGAAUGUUUACUUGCAUGGUGGUGAACACACUGUGGAUCUGCUGUAAUUUUGAUUGUGUAAAAAAAAAUAAUUUUACAUUGUUUUUUUUUUUUUGUAAGAAAGCAGUUUUUUCUUACAGUCUUUCGCUUCCGACUGUACAUGUGAAAAAAUAUGUUUUUACAGUUGCAAAUGCUAAAAGGGAAGUCGCUGCUAUGGAGGCUGGGACAUAAUUACCCUUUAAUCGUCCUUGUCACUUUCCCCCUCUCAUCCGCCCCUGUGCUCCACCCCUCUCUUUGUACAGCCGUAACAAGCAGAGCGGGAAUUAACGCUGCAAAAUAGCUGCUACUCUCUCUGUGUGCGAAGUGCUUCAAGUAAAUCAGCCAGUUUGGCAGGUAACCAACCAUGAAGAGGGAGUUGUAUAAUCUAAAGUGUUUAGGUGGUGGAACAGUGGAACCGAUGGGGUCUGAUUUGAAAUCCAUCAGCUGCUGUGGCCAGUGAAUAGAAACAAGCUUCUUUCUUGUCCUGAUGAGAAUUGCCACUGUGUCUUUUAUACCGAGGUAAUCAUGAACCUACCAGUGAGUCUGUUGCUCCUCCGUCUCCAUUAACCAUCACCAUCUGCUCCAUUAAAGCUUCAUCAGAACAUAUUACCUCCAGAGAUGAGACAUGAGAUACAGGCACGUCAAUGCUGAUGCUGCCUCUACAUCAAUAUCUUAUAGCGUUUGUUCUUGCCAAACAUUUACUGACUGUGUGUUCAACUCAUGCAAGUUGUCGUGCUCAAAAAAGACCCAGCUUGUAUACAGAACUCACAUUUGGUUUCCAUCCUGACCUGCUGUAAAUCUAAACUUGCUGUGUCAUCAGUGUUUUAAGACGGACUCGUUAAUUUGUAGAUCCACAUAUUUGUAUGAAAUCAUGAAAUCUGUUUGUACUGCCAAUGACAACAUUAAAUAUUUUCUAUUAUCUUUAA